UUUAACGCUCCCCUCUCUUAAACCACCACCAUCUCCUGCGCGACCUCCCAGUUCGAACCCCCCGGCCCCUCAGUCUACCUCUUACUACCACAAGAAUAUCGGAUACAGUCACAUAUCUACAAGCAGCAAUCAUCAAGAUGUCCGCAAGGAAGACAGCCUCCGCUACUAAAUCGUCCACCAAGAAGGCUGCUAGUCGGCCCGCCCCUACACAUCCAAGCUGGAUUGACAUGAUCAAGGAGUGUAUCACCGCCAGCACCGAAGACUCCCGCCAAGGGGUAUCCCGCCCCCAUAUCAAGAAGUACGUUGAAGAGACAUACAGGCUGCAGAUCGGCAACGCACAGAACACUCAGCUGGCUCGUGCCAUCGCCACCGGCGCUGAGAAAGGCAUCUUCGUUCUGCCUAAAGGCAUAUCAGGGAGAGUCAAACUCCCUCCCAAGACCAGCAGGGCUGCUGAUACAUCCGCUUCCAAGGAGAAUAAGCCGGCCAAGGCUGCACCACCCAAGCCCACAACCAAAGCACGUCCUACGAAGGUUGCCACUGCCAAGGCUGCUGCUGCUAAAAAGCCCGUACCCAAAUCUAAGGCCGACGCAACGGCUACAAAGAAGGCCACCGAGAGCAAGACAGCGAGCAAGUCUGCCAAAACACCUGCCUCUAAAACCGCGCCUGCAUCAAAGACGAAAGCGGCUGCUGCUCCCAAGAAGGUUGUAGCAGGUAAGAAGCCCGUAUCUGCGAAGAAGACCUCCACGACCUCCAAACGGGGAGCUGCUAAGAAGGCUGUCACGGGCACGACUGUUUCCACCAAGGCGAAGGCGGCAGCCACCAAGAAGUCAGCAAGAAAGCCAGCCGCUAAGGCAUCUGCACCCUCAAGCAGGAAGGUAUGAAAAUUUUAUGCUAGAAAGAACGGCGAUCUUACUCCCUUCCAGGCUGGGAGGAAAUGAGAGAUGACUUCUAGUUGUUCGUGCAUACUCUAGUUUCUCUGUGCACUUGUACGCUUGUGAUCUGUUGUCAUUUCUUAUUUUUUCUUUUCUUUCACUCUUAUCGUGGCUGGUACUCAGGUGUCGUUAUUUGUUGUAGUACAUAAUUGUCGAAGCCAACCAGGCCCAGCGGCCGAGAGGGGAAAUGUAUAUAUGCUUUGGCACUGAAUGUUGUAACUUGGAAUCUGAGAGCAUACGCGGGAGCGGGAUGGGUGUAU